UGUCCGUUGCGCGCGUUUUUCGUGCGUGCGAGGAGGUAGUUGUUUUAUUAGAAUUUUAUGAAUGAAACUGCGACGAAAUGCCGUAUAUCGACUCAGGGAUAUCCGAUCCCUUCGAGAUCAUCGUCGGAACGUACGAGCAAUACUUGCUCGGCUACAAAGUGCACAACAUCGUGAAUGAAUACAAAGUGGAGAAGAGUUUCGCCACGCACAGCCAUGUGGCGAGCAUACGCAGCGUCGCCAGCUGUAAGCAUUAUCUGGCUUCCGCUGGAGCAGAUGACGUAGUGUGCCUGUACGAUCUGCGUAACAGGAGAGAGUCCGGCAAAUUGAUGCUUCACAAUGACACCAUCAAUUGCAUAGCGUUUACCCCGGGAGCGUCGCAUCUCUUCACGUGCAGCAAGGACGGUAGUAUAGCGGGCGUUCGUUGCGGCAAUUGGCAAACGGAGAAACAUUGGCGGCAGGCGCACAAAGGUUCGGCUGUUAACACUCUGGCCGUUCAUCCCACGGGGAAGCUGGCUCUGUCCGCUGGAACGGACGGUGUUCUGAGGACGUGGAACCUGGUCAAGGGCAGGCAGGCCUACGCCAUCAAUUUGACGCCGAGGUUGAAGCACGAUGCUAAGAACGUAACGAUCGUCCGGUGGAGUCCGAGCGGCGACAAAUAUCUGCUGGCCGUCGAUCGGAAGAUAGACGCGUACGUCGUAGAGACCGCCGGGAUAUUCGGCGAGCUCGAGUUCGCGUCGAGGAUUAUCUGCGUGGAAUUUCUGAGCGACAGUCUGAUCGCGGUCGGCUUCGAGGACGGACAGAUCAAAUUCUGCGAUCUCCGAACUUCGAGGCCGACACUGGAGACGGCGGCGCAUGACGUCAGGGUGAAGUGUAUCGCGAACGUGAACGACCUGCUGAUCAGUGCUUCCAGUUCCGGUGAGAUCAAACUUUGGAAAUACAGCCGGCAUAGUUUGGACAUGUUGCGGAGCAUUGAUUGCGGCGCCAGGAUCACUUGUCUCGCGUUAGCGCUGUCCUACGAGAAUCCGAAGCAAGAGGGGGGCUCAGAGAGGGAGAGGAAGGUAAAGAGGAAGAGUACACUAAGACUGAAGCAGGAGGUUAUAAUCGAGGACGAGGGUGAGGAGGAAAUCGGAGAUCGGAAAGUAAAGCGUAAGAAGAAAAGAGCUGUGGAAGAUAACGACGUCCAAGACUUCGAGAGGAAGGUAGUCGCGAAGAAGAAGGAAAAGAGAUCGUCCGACAAGAUAGAAGACACGGUCGAUAAGCCGAAGAGAAAGAAGAAGCUGUUGAAAGCGAGUGAACCGACAAUUUCUAACAAGAAAAAGCGGAAAAAGGAUAACGACGACGUCGUUUCACAGAGCGGCUCGAAGAGGAUCAAGAAGACCGAUACGAUGAUGAAAGAAUGGGCCGUCGCUCGCGCGAAACGCAAGGAAAGAUUGCCGAUGGAGGACACCGAGGACGCUUCACCCGGGAAGAAGAAGAGGAAAGUGAAUUCCGCGGGGGAAGUUGCGCCGAAGAAGAAAAGGAAAGGACAAGACGGAGUAAAUUAAAAGAAACAAGGUGGAAAUGCAUCGUGAUGCGUAGCACCGUCGAUCGAACAGCACCGCUUCUCUCGACACCGCGUCUUCUGUAGGAAUAUAA